AUGGAGUCAGCCGCGGUUAUUCGCCGGAGCGCCAUCGCCGCCGCCGUCCCUGCCGAAGGCCCCUCCAUCAAGUCCUCCCCUUUUUCUAGGAAGACCCCUUCUUCCGUCGGUUUUCUCCGGCGUCACCUCGAUUCCCGGGUGUCCCAGCCCAAGCCGUUGGCCGUCUGCUCCGCGCUUAGUAUGGAUACUGCGGCAACGGGGGCGCUGGACGCAGUGGGGAUCACUCUUCCCCGGCCCGAUUCCUUCGGGCGGUUUGGUAAGUUCGGGGGGAAAUACGUACCCGAGACAUUGAUGCACGCCCUUAGCGAGCUGGAGGAUGCCUUCCGAUCCCUCUCCAAGGACGCAAACUUUCAGGUCAAUUCGGCCUUUUUCUUCUAUUGUUCCUUUGAGACCUUCGUGAAAUAUCUCUGAUUUUCUUUCUUUUAAAAUCAUUCGAUUGCUUGGAUUUGUUGACCGCUGAUUGUGCUAAAUGCUAGCGCGACGAACUUCGCCUCUUCCUCUGUUUAUUUUGUGUCCAUUUUACAUUUCACUACCUGCAAUCGUUCGAUUUUUUGGCUCCAUGAUAUUAGAUUAUUCUAUUUUAAAUUCCAGUUCCCCUGCGCUGGGAAGAUUUCCCUCAAAUGUUUUCAUAUGGAUUACUGCUUCCCUUUGAAACCUCUGCAUUUUAUUUUUUUUAUUAUUUUCUGUACGUCAAGAUUUUUUUCUAACUCAGGACACCGUAUGCUUGUUUCCUCAAAAGAAAAAGGUUUAAGAUACACUUUCUGUGCGGGGGAAGGCAUUGUGUCCGGUACUCGUCAGUUUUGAGGUGUCUUAAAGGAUAAUAUGCCUUAUGUGGAUUUGAUCCGAAAGUCUUAUGAUCCUCAGAAAAUGUGUGCCGGGACCUCACAAAAAUUUCAUGACUGUUUAGUCUGCGAGUAAAUUACUGAAUGGACCUUGAUACUUAUCUUCAAAAGAAAAGACAAAUAAUAGUACAAUCGCGGAUUCAUGAAUUCCUUGUGCACCAGAUGAUGAAAGUGAGCAUUAAUGGCUAGUUCUUUAUUCGCCUUUUUCCUUUUUUUUCUGGAUCAAAAUUGUUGAUAUUUACUCCGUCAUUACUCUUUUUACCAUUCGGUGUCCGUUUCCUUUUCUAAAAGCAUAGGAAUGAUGACCUAUGAGGCACCUGGACAGAUUCCUUGAUGUUUGGCCUCGAAGAAGACAAAUGGUGCAAGGCAUCUAUCUAUGUUUCAUGGUUCAUCUGUUCUUUGUUGGAAACUCUUCCUUUUAUAUAUAUUCUUGAUGAAAUCCACCUUUUUAUAUAUUUUUUCCUUAUUCUCGUUAUUUACUUUGCAGGAAGAACUCGAUGGAAUUUUGAAAGACUAUGUUGGCCGUGAGACCCCACUCUACUUUGCUGAGCGAUUGUCCGAGCACUACAAGAGGCCUAAUGGAGAGGGCCCACUCAUUUACCUUAAAAGGGAGGACCUCAACCACACUGGUGCCCACAAGAUCAAUAAUGCCAUUGCGCAAGCCUUGCUUGCCAAACGUCUAGGAAAGAAGCGUAUAAUAGCUGAGACAGGAGCAGGCCAACAUGGAGUUGCCACAGCCACAGUUUGUGCAAGACUUGGUCUCGAGUGCAUCAUUUACAUGGGUGCACAGGAUAUGGAGAGGCAAUCUCUUAAUGUUUUCCGAAUGAGGCUUCUUGGAGCAGAGGUUUGUCAUUACUGUUAACUUCUAAAAGAUUACCACCUUUAGCAGUGGGUUCUAUCUAUUUAUUCAUAUGCACAUAGGCCUGUAUUCAUAGACACGCAGAAUGAUAUCACUAGUUUUUGCUGGAUCUCGGGUCAUUGUUCAACCACCAUUGCUUGGUCUUUUUAAGCAGUUCUACUUUUUCCAUCCUAUUUGUUCUGUUCUUUGAAAACGAUCUAGCUCCAGGCUAUUUUGUUUCCUCCGUUCUACCCCUGGACCAGAGUGGAAGUCAUACAUCUUCCCCGUUGUCUGGUCCUUAGUUGCCAUCUUGAUCGUCUUACUUAUCAUGAUCCAGAUCCAGCCCUUGUUUCCAUCAAUUUGGAUUUGAUUCCAACUGUUUGAAUCGCGCAGCUGUUGUACCGUGUGCAUAUAUUUUGAAUCAAGCAAAUGAUUUCUUUUGUGUAAGUUGUGAUACACCCAUCUGUUUGAUGGUGAAUGGAAUUAUGAUUUUUCCUCACCUAUCAGUAUUGAAGCAUUUGAUGGUGGUACUUGUUUAUUUUUCCCUUGUCUUUAGGAGUUUCUGGUUGAUAAUGCAUAUGUUUCAAUUUAUUGCCUGGUAGUUGCUUCAACUAAAAACUGUUUGAACCUUGAUGAUAAGAGUGUUUUUCACUUAUCAAUAUAUUAAAAUGUACGAAUAUAGUCUGAAUAGUUAUUUGAAACUUUUUCAGGAAGAAUAUUAUAAUGAUUCUCAUUUAUAAUGUCCUUACAUACCUUGAUGGUAGUUGUUCAAAAUAUAAUGAUUCUCUUUUGCAUUUGCAAGGUUACCUAGUUGAAUGUCCUUGGACGCCAAAACAUAGCCUGCAACUCUGUGAAUGGUAUUUUUUGGGUUCUGACUAUUAUGAAACAAACAUUUUUGGGGUACUUAAUUAUUUUUGUUAAAUGGACCAAAAAAUUUCCAUGUUAACCUAAACAUGAUGUAAAAUGAGAGGGGUCAUCAUAACUUCUUCCAACCAAGAGCUUCAAUCUCUAAUGUCUGACGUUGUGGACCUACAUAUUUCUUCUGAAGGCUGAUUUGUUUAGUCCAGCAUGCCUAGGAUUCAUUCAAAGAUUUUAAGUUUUUAACAUUAAAAGGUAAGGUUUUCAGUCUGAAACUUGUUGAAAUCACCGAUAAAUGUAUUCCAUUGUUGAUAAUUUCUCUAGAUUCUAUCAAACCAUCUUAUUCUUUCUAUUAACUAGACCCCCUCCACCAUUACGUUGCCAGUUGAGAAUGACAGAUAUCCUCAAAGUAUUUGAUGGCCAUUUAUUUUACAUUUGGCCUUAUUAGAAAAUGAACAAAUUAGCAUCUACUUACCUAACAUUUAUGGGGUUUUGGUAAUAUAAUGCCUGCUCCCAGUUAUAUUUGUGCUUCCACCCACCUCCAGGCUGAGCCAGGAGGGUUGAACGGCAGUGUUGCUCGAGAUAAGAUGGGAUUAGGCUUGGAUUCUGAGUGGGAGGCAAAUAGGUAUUCGGUCAUUUUCUCAUCUGGAUUAGUCUCUUACUGAGGCAAAUUCUGGCUAACUCAAUUAAGGGUGACGAAUACUGAAGGGAGGACAACAGAAAAAUAUACAGUAGUUUAUGGUGGGUUCAUUCAGGCACUCUGACUGAAGGUCAAACAGUUCUUGAGAUAUAAUGUAAGAAUAACGAUAUAACUAUAUUUUUGUAUAAGUUCUAUAAAUAUCAUAUAUGCUUGGAAAGUCCUCUUAUUGUCAACAUGGCCCGUUUAAUAAUCAUAUAGGUGUCGAUUAAUCGUGCAAAAUGUAUGGUUACCUUCAUACCUCAGAAUAGGCUGCGAAAUCAGAUAAUACAAUCUUCUUGGAUUAAAAUGCCACACAUUAUCAACAGCACCUCAUCAUUAAACCAGAGGUAAAACUAGGAGACCAGUUACCUGGAGGGAAUCUGAUUCAUUGGUUAAGAGAUUUAGAUCCGUCGUGAUGAACCUGAACUGCUCUCAUUUCUCGAAUUGUAUUUUAUCUUGACAGUUUUGACAGUCUCCACACUGAGAAUUCUAGUUCUAUCUGGAUUGUCAUAGGCAGCAUUUAUCACCAUUAUCUAUGAGUCUACUAUCCUCUGAUUAGAAAAAAAAAAUCAGUUUUUCUUAUCCAUUGCUUACUGCUCCAUCUUCUCCAUGUCACUCUGAGUAACAAGUUCUCUGCAGGUACGAGCUGUCCAUUCUGGCACAGCAACACUGAAGGACGCCACCUCUGAAGCCAUACGAGACUGGGUCACCAAUGUAGAAACUACCCAUUAUAUUUUGGGAUCUGUUGCAGGCCCUCACCCAUAUCCCAUGAUGGUCAGAGAUUUCCAUGCUGUAAUUGGAAAGGAGACCAGAAAGCAAGCAAUGGAGAAGUGGGGUGGUAAGCCCGACGUGCUGGUUGCCUGUGUCGGCGGUGGCUCAAAUGCAAUGGGUCUCUUCCAUGAGUUUGUGGAUGACCCGCAUGUGAGGUUGAUAGGUGUGGAGGCUGCAGGAUUUGGGUUAGAUAGUGGCAAGCAUGCUGCCACUCUAACCAAAGGCGAUGUCGGGGUUCUGCAUGGAGCUAUGAGUUACUUGUUACAGGAUGAUGAUGGACAAAUAAUUGAACCUCAUUCUAUCAGUGCUGGGUAUGUUCUUUUUUCUUCAUUUCAAUCAUGAUGGUCCAUUUGUUUCAUCAUCAACUUUAUAUUUCCGGGAUGUUAACUUCAUCAAAUUUCCUCAAUGGGUUGCAGUUUGGAUUACCCAGGAGUCGGCCCAGAGCACAGCUUCCUGAAGGAUAUCAGACGGGCUGAGUACUACAGCAUUACAGAUCAUGAGGCACUGGAAGGUAGUAUGCCCUUCUUUCGUAACUUUUGCCCAUCUGAGUUCAAUUUUCCGAAAUUUAGCAGAAGAAAAGAUGAAUAAUCAAUGAUCUUAUGGUGAUCGCUGUGGACCUUAUCAUGGUGGAACCAGGAUAUCCGAGUUGAAAUUUAUUUUAAAACAAAUUUUGAAGGAUCUUUUUUACUGUAGUUUUCUAAUCUCUGCAACCCUGCUGUCCUGUUUCUCGCAGCGUUCAAGCGGCUGUCUCAACUGGAAGGCAUCAUCCCUGCAUUGGAGACGUCACAUGCCCUGGCGUUCUUGGAGGUGCUCUGCCCAACCCUUGCGGACGGCGCUAGGGUUGUCCUCAACUGUAGUGGAAGGGGAGACAAGGACGUCCAGACGGCCAUCAAACACCUCAAAAUCUGA